AUGACAAGGAACUGUAUUGAAGAACAAAUACUAGGUGCGUUAGCAAAAUGGCGGAAUGGUACGAUUGCACCUUCAGUGCCUUUGUUAAAAGGGAUAAGGAUAAACUCUGUAGAGGGUUUAUACGAAGGCUUCGGUAUAAAGAUUAGAUACAGGACUGGUGAAAUGAAACUGAGUGGUGUGGAAAACUUCACUAUAGAACAACUGUCUGUAUCUGCAAAAAAUUUGGAAGCAUCUGGAACUGUACGGUUUCCAGUGUUGAUGUUAACCUCGGAUAAUUAUAAUCUUAACGGACGUGCGUACGUGAUGUACUCGCUGAAAGGGUCAGGAUUAAUGAAAGUAAUUUUUCAAAAUACGAAGUUGACUCUAGGAACAAAGUUAGUUCAGAAAGGCACAGUAUAUCAAGUUGAAGACGUUAACUUAAACUUCAGUGUUAAAAGUGUUCAGAUUAAUUUGGAAGAUAGUUCAUGGCCAAUUAAUACGGUGUUGAACAGCAACGCUAUGCAGAUUUUAGAAAGCUAUCGCAGCGAAAUGGUUGCUGCUGCUAAAGAUAUGUUGAAGCAAGCGAUCAACGGUCACCUGGCAACAACGAUAUUUCCGCAGUUAUUGAACAAUGCUGGAAAUAACUUUUGUACCAUCACGUUGUCUGCUUUACGUUUAAGUAAUGUAUGACAUUAAUUCCAUCAACUAGGUUUAUGUACGGUCAACGGUGAAAAGUCCACUGCCACCGUAAGACUACUAUCGGUUGCGCUGCAGCGCUUAUACAC